AUGAGUAUCCGUGCAUUAACUUUAAAGGCUGCUGCCAGACCUCUUGCAGGUUUAACAGUUCGUCAAGCUCCUAGUGGUUUACGUUACAUGUCAAGUCCGGCUCCACAAGAACCAAAGGCUAAAGCCAACUCCAUUAUUGAUGCAUUGCCAGGUAACAGUAUCUUGUCUAAAACAGGUAUACUUGGUACGUCAGCAGCAGCGGCCAUCUACGCAAUCUCCAACGAGUUGUACGUGGUGAACGAUGAAAGUAUCCUUUUGUUUACUUUCUUGUGUUUUUCAGGUAUUGUGGCCAAGUUCUUGGCCCCAGGGUACAAGGAAUGGGCAGAUGCUAGAGUCAAGAAAGUUCAGGAUGUGCUAAAUGCCUCUAGAACGAAACAUGUCGAUGCCGUGAAGGACAGAAUUGCAUCCGUUUCUGAGUUGAAAGAUGUUCAAGAUAUCACCAAGGUUUUGUUUGAAGUUUCUAAGGAAACAGUCCAAUUAGAAGCUAAGGCAUUUGAACUGAAGCAAAAAGUUGACUUAGCUCAUGAGGCCAAAUCCGUUUUGGAUUCGUGGGUCAGAUACGAGGCUUCUGUGCGUCAAUUGCAACAAAGACAAGUUACUGAGAGUGUGCUUGCAAAGGUUAAAUCCGAGUUGGCCAACCCUAAAUUCCAAGACAGGGUUCUUCAACAGUCCAUUACCGAAGUUGAACAACUAUUUUCUAAGCUGAAAUAA